AUGCCUCCUGGCAGACGACCGCCUCCAGGCGAGAUCGACCCUGAUAAGUUUGUCAAACCUGUUGGACUUGGAGACGACAAGAGAUGGGUCUGCACAUUCUGUAACUAUCCUUAUGUGGACCGAAACCCUACAAAGCUACGCACCCACUUGAUGAAGCACCAUGGUCCCGAGCUCCCGGAGCCCUGGCGAAGCAAGGCACUAGCCCGCUAUCCUCCGACGGCUACAAGAAAACGUUCUCCUAUGGUUAAGAGGAAGCGCUGUACCAAAUUAGCUGGCGGUCCCAAGAAGAGCGACGCAAUCUGUCAAAAAAAGAGAUCGUCUUCUAGGACGCAGUCCGCGAAGAAGAGAGGCCGGGCCGCUCAGGCGCCCUCUGCUGUGUCGUCGAACGAUCUUCGUUCCUCAUUUAAGAAUCUCUUCGUGCCAGUUCUGCAGAGUGAGAAGGCUGCUAAGUCAGCAUUCGAGAAACGCAUAGUGAGCUUCUUCGUCGCGUGUGGUAUCGACUGCCAAGUCCUGUCCAACAACUCAUCCUGGUUCAAUCAUGCCCUGGAUGCUCACCUCCCUGGCAUAGCAUACGAGUGGUCCAUAGAUCACCUGAGGAGUCUAGAGCUUACCGUCGAGGAAGAAGGCGUGCGUAUGGAUGUGGCAAAACUGAAGAAGGCGUCAAGUCUGAACGGCAAGGUGUCCCUCAUCUUGGAUUAUCACGAGCUUAAUAGUGACAUCGUGGUCACCGUAUGUGCGAGCACCUAUCAAUCCUCUGGGAGCAAAGGUUACUCCUUCUAUACUGUACCUCUGCGAGGCUUCGCCUCAAACAAGGCGGUCAAGGUGGCGAGUGAUGAGGAGGUAGUUAUCGAAGAGAUAGCUGGAUUUACUGAGGCCGUCUGCGUGAUGGAGCUCCAAGAAGCUGACAUUCAUAUUACAGCUGUAGUGUGCAAGGAUCUUCCUCUGUUGCGCGGCAUAAGAGAAGAGCUGCUGAACCGUCUGGAUAGUCGUUACUCGGACGAGGGGAAGCCAAGGUUGCAUAUUGAGGUGGACUGCUUCUCCAAGGGGUUGCAAACCCUAUUCCAGAAGCUGACUGCCCACGACGACGGCGACCUGAGCUUCUGGACCGAUCUCUGCCAGAGCCUCCGAGGGUACUUGACAGCUUGUGAUAAAGGUCAUCUGAUGGAUCCUGCGGGUUGUGACACCUCGCUGGUACAAGCGAAACUCAUCAUGCAACUUGUACGUUCCUGGACUGACAUACAGGACGCUUUCGCCGCGAAUACUAAAGAGGAUUGCUGGGAGAAGUUGGACGCGGAGGCGAGGCAAGCCCAUACAAGUCUCCUGGAGGUUCUCCAUAGUGGCACGAAGCGCUGUGAGGCUACAGCCUUGGCAUCGGUCCUAUCUUCCUUGAUCGAUCUUCGCAAUAAAGUUGAUGAAAAUGACCUGUCCAUCUUCGAAGCAGUGAUUGAGAUCAACAAAGCUGUGAAUGAGAUAGGCGGCACGCGCAACAUGAACCAGGAAACUAAGACUACUAUCUCGAAUAGGUUAUCUUAUGCGGCAGCUGAUCUUCUGUGGAUAUCGAGAUUCGACCCGCGCUCAUUCCAGACUGAUCCAAAGUGGCAGAGAGAGAGUUUGAACAUCUUCUCUAAGGAAGCUAAGGACUGUUCCUUGGAAGCCAUCAGGAAUUUGAAGCAAACGGGGAAAGACGCUGUUCAAUUCUUCUUCCGUGAGGGUGAUUACGCCAACAUAGACGUGGAGGUCCUACGGAGCAUGGACCCUGACGAGUUCUGCCUCCUGCAUCGAGAUGUGAGCACGCUCGCCACGUUCAUGUCCAUCCUCUGCACUGUGCCGGCGAGCACCUCGGCAGCUGCUGCGCUCUUUGACAAAAUACCGAGAAGCAUGCCGGAUACCAACGGGUUCCUUCGCCGUGGUGUGGUGCGCUGGCAGCUUGAUUCGAGAAAAUUUAAUUAGUCUCAUUAUUUGAUUCACAGUCACUGGGGAGGAAGUCCUGCGUGCUCAUGACCUGCGGCGACGUCGUAGCGGCAUACCGCCACAUUAUGGUACACAGUGACGGGCAGCAGGCCGCCCAGGGCUCGAACAUAAGUUUCUUAUCGAAGCUGACA